AUGCCACCAUCUCGUCCCGAGCGCUACAAUGCGAAAGCAAGACGAUCUGUAGCUGGAGGCAGCUCACAUAAGAAAAAGAAGUUAAAGAAGGUUCUCAUUUCGGGUCAAAAGUCUGAUCCCAAUGCUGAGAUCCUUGAGCGCAAGUCGCUCGAAGAAAAGGAGGCCA